UAUCACAUUUUUUGCGAUUUCCAACGGUGGUGUAAUUAUAGUUUUUUACAUUUAUUUUUCAUUGAUUAGGAUUGGAGAAGUUGGCAAAACCGCGCAUUUGUAAUGGCGUGACAGUUUCCAGUAUGACAGGACAGAUAUAAUUCUAAAAAGAAGCUUAUAUAAAUGAUCCUCAAAAUUCCUAAAUAAUACAUAAAAAAGAAAAAAAAAGUAAAAUGUAUGGGGUUUCCGCAGAUAAAUUUGAAGAUUACUAUCCUUCCUAAAGCCUAAAACAAUUAAAAAUGCAAUGUCGAAUCCAAAAUCGGAAGAAUCUCAUCAAGAACACGUCGACCAAAAUCCAUUCCAGGGCUUCAACAUUGACGAUAACUCAAUUUUAGGAUCUUUAGAAGGUAGACACUCGUGUCCGAAGUGCGGAAAAUCAAGAAAAUUCUUUUGUUAUUCAUGUUACGUUCCUAUAAAAGAAUUGGAAGGCAAAUUACCUAUAGUAAAACUUCCAAUAAAAAUCGAUAUUAUCAAACAUAAGCAUGAAAUAGAUGGAAAAAGUACUUCAGGCCAUGCUGCUGUUUUGGCAAAAGCCGAUGUAAAUAUUUACACUUAUCCUGAUAUUCCAAGUUACGAAAACGAAAAUGUAGUCCUUAUUUUUCCUAGUCAAAAUGCGAUAAGCGUAAGUCAACUUAUUUCUAAUGGUUUAGACCAUGACAGUAUUAAAGAAUAUCAAAAUGCAGCUUUAGAUGAAUUACCAAAGGGGUACAAUAGGAGUACUUUAAUGAAGACAAUUCCAAAAUCUAGAGAGGAACACCAAUUUGGGGGUAAUUCUGAGAAAUUGGCUGUUACUAAAGCUGUUUUUAUUGAUAGUACGUGGAAUCAAAGUAAAGGUAUUUAUAAAGACGAGAGAUUGAAAAAAAUUCCCUGUGUAGUCAUUCAAAAUCGGAUUUCUCAGUUUUGGAGGCAUCAAAAGGGCAGCCCUAGAUGGUACUUAGCUACCAUUGAAGCUAUCCAUCAAUUUUUAAUAGAAAUCCAUCUUCACAGGUGGGGGUUGAACCCCAAAUAUACAGGAAUUAAUAAUUGUUUUACGGAAAAGUGUUUGGACCAAUUCAAACUUUUGUAUAAUAACAGUGAGGACUCUUAUAAUGGGCAAUAUGAUAAUUUGUUAUUUUUCUUCCAACACAUGUAUAAGUUAAUACAUGAAUAUUAUAAUCAUGAGGAGUUGUAUGCUUAUAAAAGAAGGUUGAUGUAAUAUUUUUGUUUUAUGAAUUGAGUUUUUAUUUUUUAACUUUCUAAUUUAAAAUUAGUUACUAUGAUGAAAGAGAAUAUGUUGGGAUAAACCUUUGCAAGAUGCUUGUAUAUUUUUCUGGUUGUUCUUCAAAAUUGGCUUGUAUAUUAUGUUAACAAAAGGGAUGAUUCAUCCGUAAUAAAAUGUUUAAAUUAAACUACUUUUUAAAUGGUUUGAUUGCGAUCAACUACUCCCAAAAUAUAAUGUUAGUGUGUUACUACCACUUUCUAUUUGUGUACUGCCUACUGCACUGGUCUUCCUUCGCCCACUCAAUCAUCUUGACACACAUGUGUAUGGAUUUUGACAAUAUAUAGUGAGGAGUAGAGGUGCACCGCUAACACGGCCAUCCUGCAAAAUCAUGUGAACAAGAGUUUUAUCCCAGUAAAAUGUUAAAAGUUUCUUCACUUGUAUUUUUAAAGUAUCUUUUAAUUCUAUACUCAAACAAAUAAUGAUUGAGAGUGAAAGCAGGUAGAAAUACGACCAAAUCGGAGGCGUGCUUAUUAUUUUUGAGAGGGUACAAUUAUUUAAAAUAUUCAUACAAUUUCUUUUAUUUAUUUCAUGAAAACUUUGCAAUAUCGUAAUUUACCUAAUCGUUGUAGUCAUUAGUGGGGCUUUAUGAAAACGGAGUAAUAAUUGUGGUAAUUAUAGUAGGAACCAAAUAAAUUAAGAAUAUUAAUAAAAAUCACAAUAUAUAUAUUUCAAAUUAAAAAUAAGAAAGAUACCUAAUCAGGGGUUGUUUUGGUGACAGAAACAAUAUUAUCAAUUUUACUAUUUUAAUAAUGAAUUUAACUUUAUUUCACAAAUUAACGUAUAUUUAUAUAUUAUGUCGCGGCCGAAGUCAGUAAGGAACUGUCUCUUAAGUUUCUUCUUGGGUUACACAUACAGAAGUAUUACUUAAAUUUUAAAUUAAAAUCAUAAUGACGGAUAGUGCA